AUGAAGAUCUUCAUUAUCUUUAGUAUCACCUUCGCAUGUGGUGUUUUUGGAAAUGUUAAUUCAAAUGUCAAUCCUCUCCCGUAUGAAGCUAUUUUCAAUUUUGGUGACUCUAUAAGUGAUACAGGAAAUGCUGCUGCCUAUCACCAUGUUCCCAAGGAUGGUAAAAGCCCUUACGGCUCAACAUACUUCAAACAUCCAUCGGGACGUUUGUCAAAUGGACGAUUGAUCAUAGAUUUUAUAACUGAGGCAUAUGGGUUGCCAAUGUUGCCCGCCUAUCUAGAUCUCACCAAAGGUCAAGACAUUAGGCAUGGAGUAAAUUUUGCAUUUGCUGGUGCUGGUGCACUUGAUAUGAACUAUUUCACAAAAAAUAGACUCAAGGCACCAGCAACGAAUAAUUCAUUAAGUGUUCAACUUGAUUGGUUUAAGAAGCUCAAACCUUCCCUGUGCAAAAAUAAAAAAGAGUGCAAUAACUACUUCAAAAAAUCAUUGUUUAUAGUAGGAGAAAUUGGUGGAAAUGAUAUUAAUGCGCUUAUCUCGUAUAACAAUAUUUCUAAACUUCGUGAAAUAGUUCCCCCAAUGAUUGAAGAAAUUACCAAGGCCACCAUUGCAUUAAUAGAAGAAGGAGCUGUAGAGGUAGUGGUGCCAGGAAACUUUCCAAUUGGGUGUAAUUCUGGUGUCUUGACAGUGGUGAAUAGUGGCAACAAAGAUGACUAUGAUCAAUUUGGGUGCUUAGCAGCUUACAAUAUUUUCAUUAAAUAUUAUAAUUGGCGGCUUAAUCAAGCCAUAGAGGCACUAAGACAACAAAAAAACCAUGUUAAGAUAAUAUAUUUUGAUUAUUAUGGUGAUGCCAGACGUUUAUUUCAAGCACCACAAAAAUAUGGCUUUUCAUCUAGUAAGAAUGAGACUUUCAGAGCAUGUUGUGGAACAGGCGAGCCUUACAAUGUUAAUGAACAUGCACCUUGCGGAAGUUUGACUUCAACAAUUUGCUCUGAUCCUUCAAAACAUAUAAAUUGGGAUGGAGCUCACUUUACUGAAGAAGCUUAUAAACUAAUAGCAAAGGGGCUAGUUGAGGGUCCUUUUGCAAGCCCUUCUCUUAAAUCUCCUCUUUUUAAGAUAGUAUAAAUUGAAUUGACGCAAUCAUUAAAGCAAAAUUUGUUUUGAUAAAUUCAAAAUUAGCAUCUCUUUUUUAUUUAAUUUUUUUGUACAC